AUGUCACAAUCGCUACGACCGUACCUCCAAUGCGUUCGUUCAUCUUUAACUGCCGCCCUUGCGGUAUCGAACUUCGCUUCCCAGACGUCGGAGCGACAUAACGUCCCGGAAAUAGAGGCAGCCACUUCGCCAGAGCUUCUCCUCAACCCUCUUACGGUUGCGCGAAACGAGAAAGAGAAAGUCCUUAUAGAACCUAGUGUGAACAGUGUUCGAGUUAGCAUCCGCAUCAAGCAGGCUGACGAGAUCGAGCACAUUCUCGUACACAAAUUCACCAGAUUCCUAACACAGAGAGCAGAGGCUUUCUUCAUCCUACGACGGAAGCCUGUAAAGGGCUAUGACAUCUCUUUUUUGAUUACCAACUUCCACACCGAGGCUAUGCUGAAACACAAACUGGUUGACUUUAUUAUCGAGUUUAUGGAAGAAGUGGAUAAGGAAAUAUCCGAGAUGAGACUCUUUUUAAAUGCUCGUGCGCGAUUUGUUGCAGAAUCUUUUUUGACUCCCUUCGAUUAG